UGAGACAGGUCUGGGCUCCGGUGGAAACCCGAAGUACACUACAUCCAGGAUACAUACUUUCUGUGAUCAUAUAAUUCAGUCCUUCAUUGUAAGAUAGUUUGUAUUUCCAGUUUGGUUGGGAUAUUUUCUAUGGCAUCAUCCAGCAACUACUCCACUGCACUGAUCUCUGAAUUCCUCCUCAUCUGCUUCCCUAACUACCAGAGUUGGCAGCACUGGCUGUCCGUGCCCCUCAGCCUCCUCUUCCUCCUGGCCAUGGGGGCCAACACCACCCUCCUCAUCACCAUCUGGCUGGAGGCCUCCCUGCAUGAGCCCAUGUACUACCUGCUCAGCCUCCUCUCCCUGCUGGACAUUGUGCUCUGCCUCACUGUCAUCCCCAAGGUCCUGGCCAUCUUCUGGUUUGACCUCCGACCCAUCAGCUUCUCUGCCUGCUUCCUCCAGAUGUUCAUCAUGAACAGUUUCCUGACGAUGGAGUCCUGCACUUUCAUGGUGAUGGCCUAUGACCGCUAUGUGGCCAUCUGCCAUCCAUUGCAGUACCCUUCCAUCAUCACUGGCCAGUUUGUGGUCAGGGCUGCUGUCUUUGUUAUAGCCAGAAAUGUCCUCUUUUCUCUUCCAGUUCCCAUCCUUUCUGCUAGACUAAGAUACUGUGCAGGAAACAUCAUCAAGAACUGCAUCUGUACUAACCUGUCUGUGUCCAAACUAUCUUGUGAUGACAUCAUCUUCAACCGACUCUACCAGUUUGUGGCAGGCUGGACACUCCUGGGUUCUGACCUCAUCCUUAUUGUUCUCUCCUACUCCUUUAUCUUGAAAGUUGUGCUAAGGAUCAAGGCUGAAGGUGCUGUGGCCAAGGCCCUGAGCACAUGUGGGUCCCACUUCAUUCUCAUCCUCUUCUUCAGCACAGUGCUGCUGGUUCUGGUCAUCACUAACCUGGCCAGGGAGAGAAUUUCUCCUGAUGUCCCCAUUCUUCUCAACAUCCUGCACCACCUCAUUCCCCCAGCUCUGAACCCCAUUGUUUAUGGUGUAAGGACCAAGGAAAUCAAGCAGGGAAUCCAGAAACUGCUGAGAAGAUUGUAAGAAUUCAAAUGAGUGAGACGUGACCUUGGAAACAGAAAUUGACAAUGGGAAUUAAUUUUCACAAUGCAUAGGAAAUUUAAAUGUUUCAUGUUAGAGUAAUUUUGUAUUUUGCUUUGCUCAAUGAUGACUAUGGGAUAUUCAUAUAUUGAUGCCUGUUUUCUGUUAUACUGAUUAGAAGCUUAACUUUUGCCUUUUGGAAUAACUUGUAAGUUUUUUCUGGCCAUAUCAUUUGAAAGGGACUUAUCAAGCCAUAACUUCAGGAACUUUGAGUGAUAUGGUUGUUAAAUA